UUCAUCAGAGUGGAGAACAGUCCGGAUCAAACGGCGUUGCAAAACGGAGUGCAUUUUUGUCUCCAGUUUUUUGGGAUGUAUAAUUCAAAUACGCUUUCAGUCCUUUCUGUGACUAUGAUGGACAAUUAAAGUUAGAUGAAUGUCUUCUUUAAGUUGAACAGUAUGGUUCAAGGCUUUACUCUGAUUUCUACCGACUCUUUUUGGUCGUAAAGUUUUGUCCUGAAACCCACUGACAGCUCCCGUGUCGGCUCAAACACACCGCGCUGUCUCUGUGUGUGUGUGUGUGUGUGUGUGUGUGUGUGUGUGUGUGUGUGGGAGAGAGUGUGUAUAUGUGUGUGUGACAGCAGCGGACGGACAGAGGAGUUGAUGGGAGCAGAGUGAAGUGGAAAUGCUCCAUCGGUGCGCUUCUUUGUGUCACACUUGUGGUUUUUAAAUCGUCUGAAACUCCGGCAGCUUCGCGCGAUGUGGUUUUAGCGGCUGGACUCAGCUCGAGAGUUUUGGAUUCUCACUGUUGGAUCUACAGGAUGCAUCAUCACUUGAACCCAUAUUAUGUGCAAAUUGAAGAAAAGUGGAUCUGUGUGACAAGUUCUCUUGACAUUUUAUUUUAAUUCUAGAAACAUCUGUUUCAAACCAGAUACGUAAUCUCCUAGCGCAAUGAUUUUAACAACUUUUUUCAUUAUAUUGUCCUUCCCGGACUCAGUCUUCACCUUGAAGGGUGACAGCGGCGCUGCCUCCCGGUCCGCCCGCCUGGACUGCGUAAAGGCCAGUGAACAAUGUCUCAAGGAGUACUCCUGCAGCACCAAGUACCGGACGAUGAGGCAGUGUGUGGCGGGGAGGGAGAGCAACUUCAGUGCGGUCACCGGUCCGGAGGCGCAGGGCGAGUGCCGCAGCGCUAUAGAUGCCAUGAAGCAGAGUCCCUUGUACAACUGCAGGUGUAGAAGAGGCAUGAAGAAGGAGAAGAACUGUCUCCGGAUCUUCUGGAGCAUAUUUCAAAGCUUACAGGGGAAUGACUUGCUGGAAUACUCCCCAUAUGAACCAGUCAAUAGCCGGCUCUCAGAUAUCUUCCGCCUGGCCCCCAUCAUAGCUGUUGAGCCUGCAUCCACAAAGGAGAACAACUGUUUGAAUGCUGCCAAAGCCUGUAACCUGAAUGACACAUGCAAGAAGUACCGCUCAGCUUACAUCAACCCCUGCACUAGCAGGGUAUCUGCCUCUGAGGUGUGCAACAAGCGCAAAUGCCACAAAGCUCUACGACAGUUCUUUGACAAGGUUCCGACUAAGUACAGCUAUGGGAUGCUGUUUUGCUCCUGUCCAGUGGUGGACCAGACAGCAUGUGCAGAACGCAGACGACAAACUAUUGUACCUGUCUGCUCUUACGAGGAUAAGGACAAACCAAACUGUCUGUCCCUUCAGAACACAUGCAAGACCAACUACAUCUGCAGGUCGAGGCUGGCCGACUUCAUCAGCAACUGUCAACCAGAAGCUCGCUCCAUAUCCGGCUGUCUGAGGGAGAACUACGCUGAUUGCCUGCUGUCUUACUCAGGUCUUAUUGGUACGGUGAUGACUCCCAAUUAUGUGCGAUCUCUUGGUAUUAGCCUGUCACCAUGGUGCGACUGCAGCAGCAGUGGGAACAGCAAGCCAGACUGUGAUAAAUUUGCUGAGUUUUUCACCAACAAUCGAUGCCUACGUAACGCCAUCCAGGCAUUUGGCAACGGUACUGAUGUUGGAGUUUGGCAACCCCAACCCCCGAUUCAGCCAACUAUAGUUGAGCCUAGCAUCACCCGGAGGGGUAAAGAGCGAACCAGUAAUGCUAUGGACGCACUGACACACAUGACCAAACUGGAUCUUGAUGGAGACUCGUUAUAUCACGCCUGUGGGACCUUACAGGCCCAAAAACUGGUGUCAAAUCAAACAGUGGAUACGACUGUGUGUGUGAACCAUCAACUGGAUGAGUCCAGCGACUCAAAUGCCAUUGCUAGAAGCUCACCAGCUGAACUCACCUGCUUACACCCCUCAAGUAUGCUCCUUGCACUAGUCAUUGGUUUUACACCAACAGUAUUACCACUACAAAGUUUCUACCUUUUGUAGGAUGUGAGGCCUAUGGAUCGACACUCUUAUCUCAAGAAGUGAUUCAACUCAUGAACUUUAAUUUAGACAUUUUCCAGAGUGUGACACCUACAUUUUUCUUGAAGUGGAAAAGAGCAACGCAGUGUGGUAGGAGCACUGAGAUAAUAGACAACAGUGGAUUAUAUCUGAAGAAUCUAUGUUGACUGUUGCUGUGUUGAAAAAAAGACCUCCUGAAGCUGGUGCUGAGAUAUCAGCUCAUUUGCCUUCCAUGCCUCGUGGGGGCAAUUUGGUGACUUCAAAAUCAGAUGCACACUUAGAAAAACUCAUCUUUUUUGGAGUUAAACCCUGUGAUCUGAUAACCAUGUGAAUAAAUUCACUUCUUUGGAAUGUGUGCAAUCGGUGCACAUCUCACUGAAUGGACUGCCAAUGUGCUGAACACUGUUUUGACGAUAAAGGGGAUCAGUCUCUGCAUAACUGUGCUUUGAGUCAUCCUGUUAAUCAACUUGCUUUAGUUUAGUUGAUCUAAAAGUGUUGAUCUGUAAUAUGUCACUAUGGACAACUAACCUGCACUGUAUGGAACAAGAUUCAUUAAACAUUUGAACUCAUUUAAAAGCCCAUCACAAUUCGUUAGAGUAUCCUCAAAAGACAAAGACAUAUCAGCCCAAACUGUUUUCUCUUCUACAUGUUCAGUACUAGGUAUAGAUCAGUUUUGUAGAUUGAUUUGGUUGUUAUGGUGUAUGGUGGUUCGCCUCUCAAAAGAACAUUUUGUACAUAUGAUACAUGAAAUGUGCACUCUAUUACAGUUUGCUGCUGUUAGCUUGUAACAUAUUGUCUGUAAUGUUUUUGAGAGUGUAUGUUAGUUUUUGGUGACUGAGGCCUCUCAGCUUCAUCUAGUGUAGCUAGAAAAUGUGAUGGGGUAUGGUUCUUUCCUCAUGUGGCUACAGUUAUGACUUUAUUGUGUAAUUAUAUUUUGAUGGCAAAGUGCAUAAUGUUAUCUUUAACAGUAUUUUUCUUGAGGAAUAUCAAACUAUCUGUAACAGCAAUGAGAACAUUAAGAAUUUACAAAAGUGUCUUUAAUGGCUAAAAAGUCAAAUAUGUUUUGUUGGUUUGAUCAAGAUUCUUCAUACAAUUUUAUUUUUUCAUUUUAUUGUGUCUUGGUAGAGAGCAAGAGGACAGGGGUUUGAUGAAUCAAGAAUGUGUACAUACCCACAUUGAGAGUAAAUGCCAAAAGACAAAAGCCAGUGCACAUUAAUUGCUAGCAAUUACUGCUGAUGCAAAUGGGGGAAAAGAUGAAAACACUUACAUUGUUAUUAUAUACUUAAAGACACCCUAAUUAUCAAAGCCAUUCAAAGAAUGUACAACAUAAUGACAAUGAACGCUGAAGACUUGUUUUUAAAACAUCCUUACUGUUUCUAAAAAUGAGUAAAAUGUGUCUGUUUAAAUCAUGUAUGAUCGCUCUUGACAUCUCGACUAAAGCUGGUUAUGAUGCACCUCUUUACAGAUUGUGUGUCUCACAUUUGUUUUGUUUUUUUAAAAAGGGAGAAAAAAAAACGUUUCAGUUAAAAAAUACUACAUAACUGUUUAUCUGAUUAGACUUAUUGAUAUUACCAGCAUAAACUUUAAGACAUCUCCUGUAGGAGGACACGUUUAUGUACAAGUAGCCAUGAAUAAAAAUUUUAAAUUUGGUUUAUCUGUUCAGUGUUUGCCAAAGAGCUGAAAUAAAAAGAGUGAACAAUGA